AUGACAACCCCAUCUACAACUCCUCAGUGUACAGAUGAGGACUGUCAGUGUGCUGGGGGAACCUGUAAAUACAACACAACUCUUGGAAAAUGUAGCUGCCACUGUCAAGAGUUUAUUUUUGGUGAUAUUUGUUCUUUUGGAGACAAUGACACCUCCGCUCAUAUUGAUACUGGAGCAGUACCAACUCGAAAAGCAAAUUUUACCUUGGAAAUCCAGGUGUCUUUUCAGCCAGCUUUUAACGAUUUAAGCUCACCUUUAUCACUAAAAUUCAUCAACACAUUAAAACUGCAGCUUGAAGCGCUGUGCAGAGCAGCAGACCCACAAUCCUUUGAAAAAGUAGAAAUCAUCAAGUUAUCAGAAGGAUCUGUUAUUGCCGAGAGUGUGGCGGAGUACAGCUAUGCAAACAAUGAAACGCAAAUCCAGUUUGUCAACAGUCAGCUUGAUGGGGUUUUGACUAAUAUCUUGAAUGACACAAGUAACCUCAGGAAGAUUUCUCAGGCCUUUAAUAGCAGCAGCGUGACAUUGAAUGGACUCACCUUCCAACCACCUGCAAUUACCAAUAUUACUGACCUGAAGCCUUAUGUUAACUGCACUCAAUUUGCUAAUUACACUGCUGAGAUUAGUAAUGGUCAAUGGCAAUGUGUUGGACCUUGCAAAACAAACCCUGAUUACUGUCAUCAACAUGGACAAUGUUUCAAUGACAUUCAUAAAGGGCCUACCUGUAGGUGCUUUGAGUCUAGCCUGGAGCAGUUUUAUGGCCCACAGUGUGACCUCUUCCGUCGGGGUCCAGGUUUCUAUGGAGCACUGUUUGGGUCACUGGCAGCAGCACUCCUGCUCUUGAUUAUCAUUGUCAUAGCUGUCAUUGUCAAAAAAAAAUAUAUGGGAGUUUGGAAAAGGAACAACAGGUAUGACAGAAGACUGUCUGCUUUUGAGGAAGACUUCUUUGAUUUCUCUGAUACAGGGGUUCACAACUUGGGACUGGCAGGCACUUACACAUCUCACGGUUUUAGACCACAUCUAGAAAAUGUUGACACCCAAUUGCAGUUCACAACAAGACGUCCAGAGGUUUUGAACAUCAAUCCUAGAUGA